CGAAUUCUUAUCAAGUUGAUCAUGGAUACUUUGCCUUUGAAACCCAGCAUCCUACUCUCUCUUUUUGCUUCUUUCUUUCGUUUUUUCUCUUUCUUUGAAGAACUCGAAUUUGUUCAACCGUUUUUAAAGAGGAAAACGAACAUUGUAGAAAAGAAAAAUUGAUGUUAACCAUAUUCAUAGUUCUUUUUUUUUCUUUUUUGUUAGGCAUCAUGACGAUAAUGACAUAAUGAAUAUACUGAAAUGGAUACAAAGCAAAGUAGGAAUCAUGAACUCCACUCUUUUUUUUUUCUUUUUCUUUUUCUUAUUUUUCUUGGAUCAAAACAGUCAGCGUCAAAGAAAAUCCAAAGUAUUAUUAUAUAUGAUGUAUUCCACUUGAUAACCAAUAAUAUUAUUUCUUAUGAUAUGGUAUAUAUAAGACUCUCCCUUCUAUUAUGACUAGGAUGAUCAACGCCCUUGAGCAGAUGAUAGAUAAUACACCAAUAUUCUCAUAUAUACUUAUAUAGUAUGAUAGUUGUAGAAAUCCAUUUACCUUAGAUAGCUAUAGAUUAAUCUUUGCCAGUUGAUUGGCUUAUUAUAUGAAAAAAAAAAUAAAAAUUUG